AUGGCGUCUCCCGCGCAGAAGCGCGUCAACGUCGUAGUAUCCAGGCUCAUCCCGCCCGUGUUACUCGGCGCUGUGGUAUAUGCUUCUUAUGCGGUCACGAAACCAUUAUGCAUCGACUAUUUAAUUCAUCCGUUACCCUCCCAUAACCGAGGCCCACGAGUCGCUGCUGGCGCCGCGAUCAUCGCGAUCUAUUACGUCCUUUUAAUCCCCAUGGUCGUUUCAUAUAUACAUCUCUAUUAUCAUGUCCUGUGGAAUCCCGGAUACCUUCCACUCGGCGAACAAAAACUGGUAGAUGACGAGAACGCAAAGCAACCGAAGCGCCGUCAUGGGAAGAAAAGCACGCGCAACGCCGAUCCGGAGAAGAGUCCAAACCAGGCAGACGCGGAUGUGGAGAGAGGCUCGAGCUCCACUGCUGUAGACAUACCUCAGUCAGACAUUUGGUUGGAGAGCUUCUACACCAAGGAUGUUUUCGUCUGCCAGGAGGACGGCCGACCCCUGUGGUGCUCUACGUGCUGUCAGUACAAGACAGAUAGGGCGCACCACUGCCGCGAGUUGGGUCGCUGUGUCCGCAAAAUGGACCACUAUUGUCCUUGGGUUGGAGGCGUGGUCUCGGAGACAUCGUUCAAAUUCUUCAUUCAAUUCGUUGCUUAUACUGCCAUAUUCUGCACCUUUGUUCUUAUAGUGUCUGCUUAUUUUACAGCGGAGAUUCGACGCGAGACCGGAGGAGCAAACCCCUACUGGUGUGUCUGCAUUGGACUGAGCGGCCUAUUCGCCUUCUUCACCGCCGGAAUGACCCUGAGCUCGGUUCAAAUGGGCAUCUUCAACAUCACAACAAUCGAAAACCUAAACCGGCGCACCGCCGUCUGGACCCUCGCCAUCCGUGUCCCAGAAUACCUUCUCGAGCGACUGUGGGUAGCCGAAUCCCCCUGGGCUCCGACAUUCCGCAUGGUCUCCUACCCACUCCAAGCACCGUCGUCUCCAACCGGUCCACAAACAACAACCCCCUCCCAGGGCGAACGCCACGUCUUCGCCAUCCUCCACACUCUGCCGGGCGAGAAUCCCUUCGACCUGGGCAGCCCAUUGAAAAAUCUCCAGCAGGUCAUGGGAUACAAUAUCGCUGAUUGGCUGCUGCCGAUCAAACAGAGCCCGUGUGCUGAUCACAAUAGCAUGGAGAGCCAUUUUGCCAUGGGACCCGUGGUGACCCGCUUAAAGCUGGAGGCUGGACUGGCCCCGCCGCCCGAGAACGGGGCAGUUCCACAGUCCCCACCUUCGGGGCAUAGCCAUCGGGAAAAACCUCCUAGCGAUCAAUAG